GCGCCACAAUCUGCGCAUGUCCAGUAUCUGAAUAGCUGAAGGUGAAUGUGUGUCUGACAUGUGCUUGUAGGUUAUGUUCACGUUUCUCAAUAUUGUGUUUGUUUCUCGUUAAUUUCAAACGUGUGCAGUGCCGUCUUUUGAAGUGAACAUUAGAAAAAUAAAAAAAAUGACUGUAAAAGAUAUGGAUAUUUCCUUGAAUAUUUCUGCGGAACCUGUUGCCAGAGAGAAAAUAGGAACAGAAGAUGAUACUAUUCUUAAUUUAAUGAGACAAAAGAAAAAUAAUGUAGCUGAAAGUAAAGUUGCAAGUAAUAAUGAAUUAAAACAAGACUCUGUUAAGGAAAGUAAUACCACUAAAAAAAGAAUUAAACAAAAAUCGUUAGGAGCAAUUGUUGUACAGAGAUUAAAAAGAACUAAUCAAAAUCAAUCUUCUAUUGUACAAAAUAAAUUAAAGUCUAAACCACAAAUAAAUCUCAAACAUACAUCACAGCAGAAAAUAUCUAAAGAACCUAUAAAAGCGCAAAAGAGUGAUAUAGAAACAAAUAACUCUUUAUCCAACAAAAGUAAUGAAGUUUCUGAUGUUCCAAAUAUUUCAUUUACUAAAGUUACAAGAGAGAAUUUUGGCAAAACUUUAUUAGCAAGAAAAAGAAAAAUUACUGAUACAGAUUCUAAAAGAACACUGUCUAGUGUAUUCUCAAAACAAUCAGAAUCUGAAACUAAACAGGUUAGUUUGUUAGAUUCGUUAAAACAGAAAGAAAUAGAAAAAGAUGAUGUGCCAGAAAAGAAAACUAGAAAGGAAUUCAAGAAAGAGUCUGGAGAAUCUUCUAGUUUACCUGAAAGGAUAGGUUUUAAUAAAAAGAAAAAACAAUUAGAGAAAUCAAAAACUGAUAGUAAUAAUACAGAAGAUAAUGAAAAUACACAUAUUUCUCAUAAGUCUGUUGGGAAAAUAUCUUCCUUAUUUGGACAUAAUCCAGAAAUACCAAACAUUGGACAAAGAUUAAUAAAACCGAUAAAUGAGCCAAUCUUUACAGGCACAACCUUUGAUGAUCUUAAAAUACAUCCCUUUACGAUAUCUAAUUUAGAGCAAAAUAUGCAUAUAACCAAAAUGACUACAGUACAACAAAAAGCAAUCCCCCAGAUAUUUUUAGGAAAAGAUGUUUUAAUUAGAUCACAAACUGGUUCUGGAAAAACACUAGCAUAUGCUUUGCCUAUAGUUGAAUGUUUACAUAAAAUUAGACCAAAAUUAAAUAGAAAUAGUGGUUUAAAAGCCCUUAUAGUUGUUCCAACUAGGGAACUAGCAUUACAAACUUAUGAGUGUUUCUUAAAAUUAACAAAACCAUUUACGCGGAUUGUACCAGGGUAUUUGGCAGGUGGUGAAAAAAGGAAAGCAGAAAAAGCUAGGCUGAGAAAAGGUUGCAAUGUUUUAGUUGGUACACCAGGUAGACUGUUAGAUCAUACAAAACGGACGGCAGCUUUAAAGUUGAGCGACGUUAAGUAUUUCGUUUUAGACGAAGCUGAUAGAAUGUUUGACAUGGGAUAUGAAAAAGAUAUAUCUGGUAUAGUAAGUGCUUUGAAAGUAUCACUUCCAAGUCAAAAUACUGGUUACGAUGCCAUGAAAAUAUUGCGUCAAAAUAUAACGAAAGCAGAUCUUGAACAUCUGGAAAGUAAUAGUGAUUUAGAAAAAUCUCAAAACGAUAAACAUAAAGAUUUAAUCGUUAAAUCAAACAAGAGCACAAAUUUAAAAUCUGAGGAUGGUGAUAUUGAAGAUAAUGUUAAACGAAAACAAGUGUAUCAUUCCAGCAGUGAUGAUGAUUCCGAUCAAGGCGAGCCUUAUAUUAAGUCAAAAAAAUUAGAUAAACAGAAGGUUUGCUCAGACUUUACAACAAAGAAAGACUCUGAUCUGCAAAAAGAUGACACGCAAUACAGAGAAAAUGAUAGUAGUAGUGGAGAUGAAUCGAGAAGGCAGACAAUUUUACUUUCGGCGACAUUGACACAAGCGGUAGAAAAAUUAGCAGGUCUUGCUAUGAAUCAUCCUGUUUUUAUCGAUGCUGCGAAAGAAAAUUUGGAAACAACUGGUGGUGACGUGAACGAUCUCAACGAGGAUUUAGUAGUCCCACAAAGUGUGAAUCAAAGUUAUAUCGUCACGCCUCCAAAACUCAGAAUGGUGACUUUAAGUGCUUAUAUCGCCGGGAAGUGCCAGAGCCAUGGUCAACACAAAAUAUUAAUAUUUAUGGCCACUCAAGAUAUGGUUGAUUAUCACACGGAGAUCUUAUCAUCUGUAUUGACUAAACCCAUUGACGAAGAUGACGAUGAUUCUGAUCCUUUAGUCGAUGUAGAAUUCUUUAAAUUGCACGGUAGUAUGACCCAAAAAGAACGAACGGAGGUCUUCAAAACUUUCAGACAGGCAAAGAGUGGAGUUCUACUCUGUACGGUGAGUAAUACUUUGCAUAUAAUGUCUAAUACCUAGAUAUUUUCAAUUGUUUCGCGAAAGCUUAUACAUAACUAUAGUAGAAAAGGUUCACAUGAUGAUUUUAUGAAAACAACGAAACUGUUUUGCAAGAAUAAAAAUUGUUAUAAAACAGUGGCAAAUAAGAAGGAAAGGAGUGAAGGAAGAAGGAAAGAGCAGAAGAAAAGCUAGGGAUACGGGUGGCAUUCCCCGAGCAGUAAAUUACCCCGUGGCUUAUUCUUUCAGGACGAAAUUUAAUAUCUCCGGACCCACGCUGUGUCCGGAGGUUAAAAAUUAUGCGCGCACAUGAAGCCUUCGUAACGAGUAUAAUUAUGAUUGUUUGCCCGUUAUAUGCCAGCCAGUUCUAAUUGUUUUCUACAUUUAAAUGGCGAAUGCUCGCAUUAAUAAUACUUAUCGUGACGGAGAGAUUUCAUUGGAAAAACCGUCAGUCCUGAUAGUCAUGAUAAUUUCUAAUUUUAGAAUGCAAGCUACGUGCUAUUUCGAAGAACGACGCAGCGCAACGAUUUAUGACCGAUAGACAACUUUCUUUCAUUUACUAAUUGCCAACGAAUCAAAUUAAUCGUGUAUCGAUAUAGUAGAUCAAUUUUCUGUUAUAUCGUGGCUCCAUGACAAUUUCUCAAUCAUUAUAAUUAGCGGUGAAAGUUACGGAUCUUGACGUCCGAUAAAUAUCAUUAAAAAUGCAGUAGUAAUAAUUAAAUUCAUUAUCGUUUACUCUGCAAUUCUUUUCCUCGUCGGUUAACAUGAAUUUAAAACGCCACUUAACUGAAGAAAAAGGAAGAGACCAUCAAAGUCCGGCGGAAGGUACAAAUUUUAAAAUUCAUGAUCCACGACACGCAACAGUGUUACACAUUGCUCAUAGCUGGGAUUAAUUUCUUUUAAUCAGGCGAUUGCAUCGUUGAUUCAACACGUGUUUCACGGUAAUUUGUUACAGCUUGUCAUUAUUCUUCCUGCCUUCUUCAUUAAAAUCUACACAAACCGCUUAAUAUUGCUAUUAAGAUUAUCGAGCCGAUAUACGAAUCGAAGAAUAUUUAAAGGAAAACAUAAAGAUUGUUCAAACGUUUUCACUUUCGUUUUCGUUCAAAUUUUGGCUCUUCAUCCUCAAAAGGUAUACAAACGUUGAUCCCAGAGAGCACGAACAACGAUGGCAACCGCCUACAUUUUACAGCGUCACUUGAACGGAGAUUCUAUGGCAGCAUUAUUAAUUUCCACGUUGAAAACUCACGAGAGCCCCUGCGGAUGGAAUGUUCCGCGAUUCUCAGCGGUGGUGAAUCCGGAUCCACGAGGUGAUCUAUGGUCCGAGUGAGAUGUUUUGAACGGACGAUCCGUUCUCGAUCCUCCGAGCCACGAUCGCGGCCUCUCUCCUAAACGAUCGUUUGUCUUAAUCGCUGCCAUCGAUCGCUCCUCGUCCCUGUUUUCGUUACAUUAUAUCGCAUCGGUGGCAGCCGCGGUGCUUGUUUCGUCGAAAGAUACGUGGGCGUCUUCGGCCACAUUUCACUUUAUCAGACUAUAUCUCUUGGCCGAGUUCUAAUCGAACUUGUUUAUAACUGCCGAUCAAUUGUCGCGUCUCUCGAAAUAUUCCUUCUCAAGGAAAUGGUCAUUUCACAUAUCAUAUUUAUGUAGCACGUUUAUCGAGGGAAAGCAGCACUGUAAUUAGCAUGGACGAAACAAAGUCACGACGAUGAAACAUCGUUCGCCGGGACGGUAUUUUAUUUCCAUAGGGCAAACUUCUUUCUUGUUUUCCUUCAGCCCGGCGCCUGGGCCGUUGCGUCGUAGGAUCGCGUCGAAUUAAUUCGAUAAAAAGGUAUAAAAAGGAGGAAGACAGACACAUCCGUAUCGUGCCGCGAAAGAAUUUUCGGGGCCGCGACGCCCCCCCACUGGUGGUCCGGGAUUAGUCUCCAGGGUCGUCAAGCAGAAACUCGAUGUGCUCCGUUCGGUGAAUCAUUGGUUAACCGAACGCAAGGAAAUCAGGGCCGUGCUCAAACGUUCACCGUUGGGGUUCCACAGCGGGCGCUCGCUGCCAGCCGCGCGCAUUCACCUUCGUACAAAACGAGAAGUCGACACGGAUGUUGCAGCUCGUGGAUUGGACCUGCCAAAAGUGGACUGCGUGAUUCAAUACACAGGGCCAACGUCUGCCAGGGAUUACGUGCAUCGAAUCGGUAGAACCGCGCGAGCUGGUUCUUCCGGUUCGGCGACUAUCUUUUUGACCCCGGCAGAGAUCGAAUUCGUCCGGAUGCUCGAGUCUAGGCGCAUCAGAAUCAGACAAGAGAGCAUGGACGAUAUUUUGGACAAACUGUUGACUCCCCUGUCGAGACAUUCCUCUGCUCAUAAUGCCGCGAUUGCGCUUCAGAAUGAAUUCGAAACCAUGGUUCUCGAGGACACGAAACUCCGAGGAAAAGCGUGCAAAGCGUACACCUCGUGGAUGCGUUUCUACUCCAGCUACCCCCGCGACAUGCGGGAGAUUUUCAAUCGGAGGACUGCCCAUUUAGGUCACUACGCGAAGAGCUUCGCGCUGAGGGAAACUCCGCAGCGGAUCGGCGGAAUGGGAAAGAAACUGCACGAGAAGGACAACUCGCAGCAACAGCAUAACAACAGGCUCACGAAUGAAAAGCCCGACGGGGAGCCGGUGAAGAAGCAAAAGCGUCAAGGUGACGAACCGAAGAUGGGGUUGCUGAAGAGAGUCAGAAUGCUUAACACCUCCGAGUACGACAGCGGCCUCGAGCCCGCGAAGAAGCCAAAGAAGUCCUGAGCUUCGCAUUAUCGCCUCAACUACUAGAAAACAAAAUGCGAUUUCGUUACCGUGAUUCCCACCUCUCGUGUAAAUAGCUCUCUCCCUUCUUAAGCGUACGGUUAACCGGAAAAUCAGGUUACUCGCAUUUUGACGAUUUUAUUCAAACUGUUUACUCAUUCCAUUAUACCGCGCAAUGUACACACAUAUAUAUGUAUAUGUGUGUAUAUCGUGUUUCGUAGAUCGAUUUGAUUUUUUUUUUUUUGUUUUUAUAUAUAAAAACGUAGUCUUUCGUACGAUGUUCGUACGCUACAAAAAUACGAAAUGUUUGAAUAUUGUUGACGGAAUAAAUUCAGCGUGCUCGUAAA